AUGGGCGAGACGCACAGCGACAAGGCGGGCAAAAUGUCGGAAAAGAGCGACUCCAAAACCCAGCUGUCCGAAGGUGUAGAGUUCGUAGCACCGCUGGACAACUCACGCUAUCCGUCCUUUUCCAACACCGUCGGCCCCUCGCUCCGGAGAGCGCGCACGACGGUGGGGUCCGGCCCUUCCAUGAUCUCGCGGAGAACGUCAUGGUCCUCGACCAGCCAGCGCGUCGAGCGGAGGCUCCGCCGCCCGUUUACGCAGCUCAAAGAGCGCGCCCGCCACCAGCUCAUCCACCCGUCCAUCCCCCGAAAGACGCCCGAGGCCGAGGAAGAGGAGGAAGGGCACCCCCGCGAAUCCCCUUGCUCCUGCACGGUGGAAGACAUCUUGUCCGCCGACCUGCCGGACGACAGCGUGGAAUCCGAGUUCCCGCGCUACGACAGCAUCGAAGCCUACUGCAUCACGGAUCAUGAAGCCGUGUCGGAGAAGCUCUGGCGCGCCGAGGCCGUCCGCCUGCACCACUACGUCUGCCACCCCAACGACCCCAUCCGCUUCGACAACCGCGACUACUUCAGCGUCGGCGACGAGGCGGGCUACAGCCUGCUCAACGGGCUCGCGGAAAAGAUCAACACCGCCAUCGCCCUGUGCGCGCUGGAUCUCGAGUGCAUCCACGUGCGCUUCUGCAAGAACCUGUCGAACCGCGACCGCCUGCUCAAGCUCAUUCGGCAAGCGCAGGUCGCCGGCGCCGCCAAGACGGAGGGCGAGGACGAGGACGGGACCAUGUCGGACGAGGAAGUCGAGAAGCAGAUCCGGGAGCACAACGCCACGUUUGACCUCAUCAACUACAUCUCCGCCGUGCUGGCGCGCCUCAUCACGCAGUCGGGCGCGGGCGAGUUCUACCAGACCACGGUGCUGCGCGCGCUCGUCACGCGCGUGGCCAAGAUCAAGCUGCUGCUGCUGGACCUGCCGUCCAACGCGCGCGUGGCGGCGCAGAACGGCGAGGCGGUCCUGGAUAUGAGCCGCGCGACGGGCGCGUACGCCGACACCGUCAUGGACGAAGAGGAGGAGUGCGAGGAGGCGAUGCGCAUCGUCGCGGCGAAUGCCAAGGAUGGCUUGACGUCGCAGGCGGAGGCGGCGGUGGCGAGCUAUUGCAUUCGUCAGAAUAAGUACCGCACGGGUGUGACGUCGGCGCUCAAGUCGGUGACGAAUUCGCUCCGGUUUUUGAAUCGGUCGGGGUUGCCGCCGACGGCGUACGAGAUUUGCGGGCUGGUGUACGAUAGCGGGUUUCAAGGUUUCAAGACACUGCUCUAUCAGGAUCGAGACAUGGAAUACGAGGCUACUUCGGACCAAGACAACAUUAACACGGCGGACUGCGCGUUUCACAUCCUACACUCCACGGUGCUGCAGCUGAAGCAGCUCCGGAAAACAGGAGACCCGUCCGACCAAGUGGCGGACCGAAAAGUCAAGACGUUUAUCGAGUGGAAGUACCAAGUCAUGGACACGGACUGCAUCGACUGCGACACGGAAGACCGGACGGCCCUGGCGUCGCUGGAGCUGGAGUACAUGGACGACAUCAUCACCGCCAUGGUGCCGCUGUCCACGACGAGCCCGUACCUGGUCUCGGAGCUGACGAGCUUCCGCAGCAUCAUGCUGCUCAACUACUCCAACGAGAGCGACGACCACGUGCGCCCGUACAAGGAGACCAACUUCAAGGCCUUCUUCCGCCUCUUCACCGACAAGAUGGACGCCUACACCCGCUCGGCCGACGUGAUGCGUCUCUCGGCCGCGUUCGAGGACGGCACGUUUGACCGGUGUCGCCUCAUCGACCGCGCCGAAGUGGACGACGAGAAGCGCCGGCCCAAGAUCGACGCCGACACGUCGCGCAAGUUUGAGAAGCUCACGCGCAUGAUGGAGGAGGAGUGGGUGGUGGACGAGUCGGCCAUCAUCGUGCCGUGCACGCUCUACGUGGUCAGCAUCGGCGUCUUCGCCAUGCUGCUCGCGGGCGGCGGGCUCGCCAUCGGGUUCACCGUGGGCAACCGCAUCCAGGGCGUGGACCCCUUCAACAUCGCCACGUACGCCUGGGUGCUGGCCGCCUUUGUCAUCCUCAUCUGCAAGAGCGUGCUCGUGCGCGAGUGGAGCUGGAGCGAUUUCCUCCACUGCCGCGUGCGCUGCCGCUCCGUGUCCGAGCUCGAGGCCGUCACGGGGAUCCGCGACCAGCUCAUCAUCGCCAAGCUGCUGCACGAUGAGAGCGGCCACGGCAUCCUCUUUACCUGCGGGCCGUAUAAUUCGGUGUUUCAGCGCCGCGCCAAGGACAGCGGCUUCUCCAUCGACCGCCCCAUCAGCACCACCACCAUGCUCAUCAGCGGGCUCACUCCGCUCAAGGUCGUCACGCCCCGGGGCCCCGCGCUCGUGUGCUUGGACGCGCGGAGGGUACGCGCCUGCGGUCGCGCGGACAGGGACGUCGAGUACCUCAUCUGCGAGGACCUCGAUCGUAGGCGCAAGCUCGCUGGGAGCGCGGGGGAUGGCGCGUUGGCGGGCGGGAGCGCGGGAGGUGCGGGGGCGCGGUUGAAGCUGAUCAUGUCGAGGCAGAUGAAGUGGAAAAAGGUCAUGGGGGUUUACGAUUCUGGGAAUGUGGUGUUUGUCUAA